GAUAUCCGUCGCAUAACCAAUGGAGUUUUCUGUAGUUCUUUCACGGACCAUUUAAUAAUUUCAAUGAAUUUAAAGUUCCAAUAACUUUUGAUAGAGACUCGAUUGUAAAACUAGCAUGCUUUAAUCGGCUAAACAUACACGGAUUAAAAACAAAAUAACAAAAACUUUCUGUGGCACAACUACAGGAAACAGAGUUUGUUGAAAUUAUAUAAAAGAGUAGAAAAUUAAAGGAAUAAAAUAAUGGCAAGAGGCCGGAGACAUGUACCGCCGGCGACGGAAGUCGGUAUCUGGUUUCAACAUCGUGGUGCACACUCAGCAAGCAGUUUACAGCGUCAGGACGCUACGAGCACGGGUUCCAUGUUGUCUGGACCAUUCCGGUCAUCCUCGGCACAGUAUCCCAUGCCACCACCACCUAAUUUUCAGACAAAAUCCGACAGAAAUUACAGAUUGUCAAACAGAUUUUCUGAGCAUGACAACAGGAACGCUUUCCAGAAUCACGGAGUUUACUUUGGCGAUGAAUAUACAAGCUCAAGUAUACGUCCAGCCUGGAUGUACCGGCUAGGCUAUAAUCUGGGACAAAACACAAGACAUCUAGGCCGAAACUUGAUAGACCCACAUCUGCGAUUACAUAGUACCGAUAAAGAUUACUUGAAACAUUUGGGACGUGAAGUAACCAAUUACGACUAUCAUUCAACAUACAAUAAGUCAUACCUUGGGCGAGACAUCGAGGAACCGCCUAGAUAUCGCAGAUUCUCUAAAUCAUUACCACCUGCUGAACAGGGAACUGUUCCCCUUUCAACAACAACAACAGCAUGGCUACCAACGGCUUCUCCCCAACAUAAAACGGACACACAGGUUUUGGCAGUGAGCCAAGAACCAUUUCUGAAGCAUAAUCCAUGGAAAUAUUCGUACAACCCAAAGAGGAACGUGUACCCACCAUACGAGCGCAGAUCUGAACCAGUUAUAGACAAUAUGUUUAAUAGAUAUGGCGCUGCUUUUAACAGUAGUUCAAAUUUUAAUUCUUCAGGAUUUAGUGGACUUAGUGCACUGGAGACAACAGGAUGUAGUUAGGGUACUGUUUGUGAUCUGCUCCUUUUCUUCGUUUAUUGUUAUAAAAAUUUAAACUUGAAAAAAAGUCAUAUGUAAAAAUCGACUUAAA